CCUUGCGAGCGCGUCGACAGCAAGCAGCUUCGCGCUUAGCGACCCCUUGAAAACACACGCGUCAAACCAGCAGUCCGACAGCGAACCCGCGGCCGCGUGCCGACAGUGCGAUAUUGCGAAUUUUCCGUGUAACAUUGCAAUAAAACCGCGCGCCUAUGGAGACGAGGUCCUGCUCCGAGUCCGCCGAAGCCCUCGCGGAGAUGACGCCCACCGGGACCGUCGACAGGGCGCUAGCCGGGCGCGCGGAAGCGUGAAACAACGUACGAAGACGCGAGAAAAACGAAGGAUACACCGUGCACCGAGCCCCAUCAACGAGAUGGGGCCCCUAGGGGCCUGCUUUACGCGGGCACCCUUCCAGCUCCCCGCCGCGACGACGAUGAUCUGCGUCUUUGGUGUGUUCCUGACGAUGGCGACAAUGAGGUUUGGACCGGUACACGCCGGGAGGAACCAGGGAGGGGGCAGUUACCUGGGGGACGUCAACGUUUCGGCUAUACUGGACUCGUUCAGCGUCAGCUACGACAAACGCGUAAGACCAAACUACGGAGGCGCUCCCGUCGAGGUGGGGGUCACGAUGUACGUGCUGAGUAUAAGUUCGCUGUCAGAGGUGAAGAUGGACUUUACGUUGGAUUUUUACUUCCGACAAUUCUGGACCGAUCCGCGACUAGCCUUCAGGAAGCGGCCGCAGGUCGAGAUGCUGUCGGUCGGUUCCGAAUUCAUCACAAACAUCUGGGUGCCUGAUACGUUUUUCGUCAACGAGAAGACGUCCUCGUUCCACAAAGCAACAACGUCAAACGAAUUUAUAAGGAUACAUCACUCAGGGUCGAUCACUAGGAGCAUUAGAUUGACGAUCACCGCUUCGUGUCCAAUGAACCUCCAGUAUUUCCCGAUGGACAGGCAACUGUGCCACAUCGAGAUCGAGAGUUUUGGUUACACUAUGAAAGACAUUAGAUACAAGUGGAACGCUGGACCGACCAGUGUCGGGAUCAGCACCGAGGUCGAGCUGCCACAGUUCCGGGUGCUAGGCCACAGACAGAGGCAGAAGGUUAUAUCUUUAUCGACAGGAAAUUACUCCAGACUGGCGUGUGAGAUCCAGUUCGUCAGAUCAAUGGGCUACUACCUGAUCCAGAUCUACAUCCCGUCCGGACUGAUCGUCAUCAUCUCCUGGGUGAGCUUUUGGCUGAACAGGAACGCGACGCCGGCGAGGGUGGCACUCGGCGUCACCACCGUGCUGACCAUGACCACCCUCAUGUCGUCCACCAACGCUGCCCUUCCCAAAAUCUCAUACGUCAAGUCCAUAGACGUUUACCUCGGGACUUGUUUCGUUAUGGUGUUCGCGAGCCUUCUAGAGUAUGCGACUGUCGGAUACAUGGCGAAGAGGAUACAGAUGAGGAAAAAUAGAUUUCUCGCCAUCCAAAAGAUAGCGGAGCAGAAGAAGUUGAACGUCGACGGUCCCGACGAUCACGUGCCCAAGCAAACAGAGGUGCGGUUCAAAGUCCACGAUCCAAAGGCGCACAGCAAGGGAGGUACGCUCGAGAGUACGGUGAACGGGGGCCGGGGAGGCAGGGAAGGCGGUCCGGACGAGGAGGCGGCCGCGCCGAUCCCACAGCACAUCAUGCACCCCAACAAAGACAUCAACAAGCUAUACGGCAUCACCCCGUCAGACAUCGACAAGUACUCGCGAAUAGUGUUCCCCGUGUGUUUCGUUUGCUUCAACCUGAUGUACUGGAUCAUUUAUUUGCACAUUUCCGACGUGGUCGCGGACGACCUGGUGCUCCUCGAGGUGGACAAGUAAGCGAGGCGGCGGCGCCUUCCGGAGAUCCGGCAACCUCGCAUCAUCGAACGCGCACGAACUCGAAACUAGUUCGGGCCAAUCGACCGAGAGUUAAACGAUUGGUUUCGCGACAGAAUUUGUAGUCCGCGUAAGGUGCAAUCCGUGUUACUUUUUUUUUGUAAAAUUCACCUUCAAACCAAGCAGUUUUAGCAUUUUCCGACGUAUAAAAUGAAAAGUAUUGAAGCGGCCAAAAUCGAGAAGGUCUGCUUUUUUGGUUUUUCUAAAAUCGAUAGAGAAGUUUGAGUCUUGAAACAUGCUCAGAAUUAAAUUUAAAUUUCUCUAGAGAGUUUUUAGAACAAACUUCUUGUCAAUUAAUAAAACAUCCAUAUUAAUUUGUAAUUAAAAAGGGGCAGAAUCAAAAUGUAGCCUCGAAACGCACAAAAAGCGCACAAUAUUUCGCACAUUUGGAUUUUAAACACAAGCAUUUUAUCAAAUACUUACGCACACGAUCAAGAAGCGUCAAGCUCUUUUUAGUAUGAAAAAUACGGAAAAUUUACAAUUAUUUGCAACCAUGUCAAAAAUAUUUUCGCUGAUUAUCGCAGACCUGAUUCCUUAGUAAAAGAAAGCGUUAUUACUACUGUGCGUAUAAGUCGUAAUAAGUAAUACAUCAUUCAGAAAGUUGAAAAUCUCUCCAACAGAGGUCUCCCGAGGUUCGCAGCGCGGUUGCUUCGAUACCUUUAAUUUUAUAUGCACCAAAACUGAAAAGUUAGUUAAAAUUAUUAAUAAAUUAUUAAGUCGCAAACUGCGAGUGAGAUUUAUAAAAAAAAAAGUCGCCACGCGACGUUGCCAGCGAUCGGCCAUGACCUUCGCGCUUACGUCGUGUCACGUUCCUGUAAAUAUUCCGUUAUCGUUAUGGCAGACGCAAUUCUAUAAUUAUGUUGAAGAUUUUUUACUGUGUUGUUCUGGGUGCGCAGGCGCGAAGGUCACCGACCGAACGAAAACGGAAAAAACUCGAAAAACUUUUCCUCUCCCCUUUUCCACCUAGCGGGACGUAGUUUAUAGGAGACUGAGUUUUAACGUUAUUAUUAUUAUCAAUAUUAUACGUAACGAGCAGAGAGUUUAUUUGAAAGCCCGUGUACAUAGAACGUUCCUGUUUUUAUACUCCUCGCGCACACCUUAUACACGCCCAAAAAAUAAAAAAAAAAACUGCAAUUAUUCCUAGGAUUUAAUAAUAGCACCUAAAAGAGGAAAACACCGCGGAAGGCGAACGCGCGUCAGGCGAUGAGGUCGCGGGUCGCGUUUCCGUGGUUCGUGGCGCGACGCGCGGUCGCUCGUCGACACUUUGGCACGGAACACAGCCGCGCGCGCAGAACAAAAAACGGUCGAUUUCAAAACACACACAAAUACACACACGCAAAAAGAAAAACACAAAGAAAUACCGCGUAGUAACGAAAUUCUAAAAAAAUGUAAAAUAUUAUAUGAUGUAAUUAAAUUAUAAAUAUAUAUAUAUACACAAACAUGAAUAGGUAGGUUAAAACAAAACGCGCUCGUAGACAAAGUUUAAUAUAGCGAAACACUAAACAAAAAUGUAUAUAUAUACUUAGAGCCACCAGAAAAAUAAACAGAGAUUAAAAUGUAAGAUGAUUUUUAUAGGACGGGGCGGAGGGGGCGAAGCCCCGUUUCGCCCUCUGCCUCCCGCCUACACCGUUUAAAAACAAAAAAAAACAACCCUAGUUACUAUACUGUCACUACACCGUGUUAACAAAAAUGGCGAAGACCCAUUGAAAAUGUACCGCGCUGCUCGGGUCAGCGGGUGGACGGGUGGGGGGUAACCGCUGCCGGGCGCCGUCCCAACCCGAAACGAGACGAAAUCUAAGGCGGUCGGGGUCGUAGAUAUAAGGGGCGUUCCUGACACUCAGAGGGCUCACGUCUAGGAACCUCCUCCCGCGGUUAUCGCCCACCCACGAGACGGGCGGCGACUAUAUUGCUCACUAUUACAAAUAUUCUAAAUAAUAAGAGAAGAGUUGUAUGUACUAUAUUUGAAGACAUUAAUUGCGAUUAUUUAAAUUAUUACCAAUGACCGAGGACAGGAGGUAAAAACUACGUAUUGCGUAGCUACUAUACAGUUUGGCGUUUUUAUUUCAUUAAAAAAGUGAAACCGA